AUGGAAACGCUAGCGGAAACGAGUCUCCCGGCUGGAUUGCGCCGCCCGGAACAUCCGCUUCUGCCAACGUCCCCGGACGGUGAGCAAUCGCCCCGAAACAUUAUCGGCACCAGCCCGGGAGGGAGCAGCGGAGCUGGCCACCACCUGCUAGAGGAUCACUCACAGUCGUCGCAGGACGACAGUGGCAGUGUGGUGAGCCCAGCGGCCGAUGCGGAAGAAACGAUCGAGAACAUCGAGAAGGAGUUGAGUGAAUCCUGUGCCGACACGGACUCACAGUCCAACCCGGGGCCACAGCAAACGCGCCAGGAUGAUCCGGGAGCAAACCAUCCGGACACCCGAUCGUUGGGCGCAAAGCCGGAGGUGCCGCCGGUAGCGAAUGGUGCUGGGAUCACCCUUCCUAAGGCCAUUUCCGGCGGCAAACCGAUGGCCAUGCGCGACUUUGACCGGAAAAUGAACAAGGCGCGAGGGCGACCGAAACGGAAAGGCAUGGUGGCCAUGUAUCAAAGUGAGAUAAGCGAAAACAAAAUCGGCAUUAAGCUGUGUAUAAAGAAAGCAUCUGAUGCAACAGUACAACAACCAAAGAAACCGAGCCGCAAGCGUGCCCGUAAACCCAGGAGCCUUAACGAGGAUAGUUCGGACGAGACGUCACCGGAGAAGCGCAACCGGCGGACCGAGAAGCCGCGCAAGACGAACAACAACACGGAAAAGCGCGGCGCUGAGGAGGACUUCAAGCCGCCCGAAGACCAGAGCGUCUGGGCGAACCGACUACCGGAGCACGUGUUGCAUACGAUCUUUAAAAAUAUCGUACAGGAAGAAGGCAGCGUACCGGCCAUGAUACGGUUGUCGCGCGUCUGCUCGACGUGGUACAAAGUGUCUCAGUCGCCGUCCCUGUGGCGAACCGUCGAUCUCGGGACGUGGACGAAGGAUCGGUUCAAGACGGAGCCGAAGCUCAAGUGGCUGAUCGAGAACCGACUAAAGCACGCCACCGAAGUGGGGCUGGGAAAUUGGAAAAUUACGAACGUGCAAUGUGUGCUGGAAAAGCUGGUAGAGUUUGCGCCCAAUCUGGUCGGCAUUACGCUGACCGGCUGGAAGGCCCUGACAUCCGACCACCUGCUGUUUCUGGUGCAACACUUUAAAAGAUUGGAAAGCAUCGAUCUCAGCUCGAUCAAUGCUGAGGUAAACGCCAAUAAAACGGCCGUUGGCCAAACGUCACUGUGCAAUGCCAUCACGGAGAUGGGUAGCCGGCUUACCCAUCUGCAUCUGGCCCACAACCGGCUCAGUGGAAUCCCGCAGAUCGUCAAAGGCCUCUCGACGCACUGUCCGAAUCUGGUGCUGCUAGAUAUGUCCAACGUUAGCACAGUUGCCAUCUCGCACGGUAUCCUCCAUAUCGAGCAGCUUCAGCACGGCUGCCAGAAGCUUAAAAUACUCCGGAUAACGAACUCACACAUCAAUCUGAGCAUGGCGACGCUCCAGGAACAGAUGGAAUCACCCGGUUUUCCGGCCUUGGAGGAGCUAUCCGUCGCGUCGCUCUCGGACGAAUCCCGGUUGUUUAACGACGAGUUUCUGCAGCGCAUCCUAAAAACCAGCACGCAGCUGAAGCUGCUCGACGUCCGAGGAUGUUCCCGCCUUACGCACGACAGUCUCAUUCGGCUGCCGACCUGGGACCUGAAGCACCUCUUUCUGUCCGGCUGCUCACUCACGAGGGACACGAGUUCCGGCCUGGAGUUGAUUGCCUCGAAGUGGGCCCACAGUUUAAUCGAGUUCGAUCUGGCGUGGGCCAACGCCACCAAGCCACUCGACGAUGCGCUCAAAGCGCUCGCCGAUAAGGGCUCGGAAUCGCCUUUGAAUCAUCUGAACCUGUGCGGAUCAUCGGUUUCAUUGGAGGCAGUGAAGGAGGUCCUCGCCAACUGUCCGCACAUCAACUCGAUCAACCUUGCCUCCUGUCGCGGUCUUCCACGCGGCGUGAAACGGCUGCUGCAGGGCGCGCAAGAGAUUGCCGAACUGCGGGAGAAUCUCGGCGUCACGCUCAAGCGCCCGCCGCCGCCGCCGCCACGAACGACGUCUCCGAGAGACGACUGAAAUGGGGCGCGGCAUCCAGUUGCACAUAUUACAAAAAGACUAUUGUGUGAUAAACUAGAGAUAGCGUUGAAUCGAGACAAAAACGUAAACAGAGACACAAACAUACACAACAGCCAUCGGGGCGAGCAACGCUGUGAAGCAAGUCCCUUCCCUGGCCCUACACUACCCUGAUGAGCGCGGGUUCACAGCAUCGGGAUAGUUCGCAUUUCCGUACCUUUUAACAGGGCUUGAUUCUACCCUUCAAUUUCGUGGCCGAAGUGUCCGGAAUCCUAAUUUUCUCCU